CGAAGUUGGUGGUCGCGAGCUGUUUUAUACAUUUAUACGUACAUUCGAUUUGUAGUAGCAGCCGAGAUCGUCAGUAUCCUGGGAGAAUAGAAGUCCACUGGAAGCCUAGAAGUUGUGGUUUGUGGGUGGAAAAAAGGAGUGCAUAUAGAAGGCGAUCGUAGAAGACCUUGAAGAAUUGAAAAAUUGCAAGUGAACGGGAAAAUAAUAAUUCUAACAUCGCAACGACUAGCGUGACCCCAACAAAGCAUUAUGUCGCUUGACAAUCGGAACACUUCGGCUCAGUUCAAGCGAGCAGAACAGCUGAAGCGGUGGGAAGAAUCGGAAAUGAACAAAAAAGCCAGCGGCAUCCCGAAAAGUCCAUCUUCGCGCCGCAUCAAGUUUUCGUCUGGCUGCAUCUUUCUGGCGGCGUGCGUUGCCGGUGACAAGGACGAGGUGGAAUGGCUGCUCAAAAACGGUGCCGAUAUUGACACGGCCAAUGUUGACGGUUUGACUGCGCUGCACCAGGCCUGUAUUGACGACAAUCUCGACAUGGUGGAGUUUCUCAUACAGAAAGGAGCCGACGUGAACCGGAAGGACAACGAAGGCUGGACACCAUUGCACGCAACAGCUUCAUGCGGAUUCCUUAGCAUAGCACGGUACUUGAUCGAGAACGGUGCGGAUCUGGCCGCCAUCAACAGCGAUGGCGAGUUGGCGGUCGAUCUGGCUAACUCGGACGCGAUGGAAGAUAUGAUACAGCAUCAUAAUGAAGAACAGGGCAUUGAUUGUGAGGAGGCGCGUCAGGCAGAGGAACGCAUCAUGCUGAGCGAUGCAACCCGGUGGCUGCGCACUGAUAGCAACGAUUGUGAUAAGGUGCACCCGAAAACGGGUGCCACAGCGAUUCAUGUUGCGGCCGCCAAGGGCUACAAUCACGUGUUAAAGCUUUUGUUGGAAGGACGGGGCGAUGUUGAUCGACAGGAUGUGGACGGGUGGACGCCGUUACAUGCAGCCGCCUACUGGGGCCAGAAGGAGGCCACACAGAUGCUACUGGAUCACAGUGCCGAUGUCGACAUCCAGAACUUCAGCGGCCAGCUAGCUAUCGACAUUGCGCAGGAUGAUAUUGUACCGCUGCUGAAGGAUGCGCGUAAGAACGCGAAGCGUACUAAGCGUAGACCACCUAGUCGGUGUAGAAUUACGGAUAAUUUUGAAAAUAUCACGGAAACACCAACGAAGGUGAUUCGAGUCGAGGUGAAACCGAUCGAUAGUAACAAAGAGAAGGAAGACAACGCCGACUGGGGCUGUACCGGCAGCGGCGAGGAACAUCUUGAUCCGGACCAGGAAAAGCAAAUCGCGUCCGAUGCUGAAGAAGUGGAGGAGGAAGGCCAGGAGGAAGAUGAUGCGAAACAGGAGGAGAUGGAUGGCGUAGAGAAAGAGGAAAAAGAGGAGGAGGAAGAAGAGGAGCAAGGAAGGCCGAUUGCAGAGGUGGAACCACUAGGGUUGGAUGUUCCGGAAAUGGUGAUAGUAUCGAGGAGUAAACAAAAAGAUUCCGAACAUGUUCUAUGCGUUCGUCACACGAUGAUCAAGCAAAAGGAAGAUGAAUCGGAAAGCGAUGAGGAGGAGGAGCAGCAAGACGAUGCAAGCGUUUCAUCGGAGCCAUACUCAUCCUCCAAUCCGUCGGCCGACAGUAGUUUAACAGAAUCUGAAACAGACGAAUCGACGUUGCCUCUUCCCGUGCCCAUUAUUUCUCGUCCGUUACCGGUACCUCUGACGGCACAAAUAGUCAUUCCGAAGCCACGUACCAUCGAUACUCUGGUGGGCAGUUCGACGAUGCCAACUACUCUGACGAAUGCUACCUCCACCACUAGUAAUACUCUUCUAACGAUGGCGCCAUGGAGGCGACACCGCGCCAUUUCAACGCCCAUACCGGGGCAAUUUUUCGAAUAUGAAGGAGAACCAAACUCGACUAACCGCUCUGUUGCACAGCCGCUCAGCCGCAAUUCCACGGAUGAUGUUGACUCUGCUAACCUUCGUUUUGAAGUCUCUUCCACAACUCGUAACCAAGUGUCGGAAAAAGAAAAUCAACCAACUGAACCAGAUGUAAUACUGCGGAGGACGCAGAGUUUCGAAAAUGACGAAAAAUUCUACCAGAAAUACGCAGAGCUGCGGGCACGGAUACAGGCUAACGCAUGUACUCACGCAAUUUUGCCGCCAUCAACGGUUAUCAACAACACUAAAACAAGCCCCGGCUCGAACAACAACAAUAACAACUCACCUACUGCAACGACAACACCAGCAUCGAACAAUACAUCGUAUCUUGUGCAGCGAUCGGCAUCGUUGAAGGACUAUCGUACGUUAAGAAAAACCACAAGCAAUUUGGUACUUGGCAGCACAACGGUGGUACCAGCCCCUACAAUUGCUUCACCGCCCACACCUUCGGUUGCUGCCACUCCCACAGUGCCAUCGACCGCUAGCAACACUAGCAGUAUCGCGUCGCCACCCACAAGUCCUACGGGUACUCUGACCACAACACCGACUUCCGGACAAAUCAGAAGAUCAUUUGUGCCACCGACUCGAGACGAAGAAAGCGAAACCCAACGAAAGGCGCAUGCGAAACGGGUACGCGAGACACGCCGUUCCACGCAAGGCGUUACGCUCGACGAGAUCAAGAGCGCCGAGCAACUGGUGAAGAAAAAGAACAACGUUGUCGGUACCGAGUUCAAACUUGAAGAUGUGUCCACAAUGACUGUCGUACAACAACCAACGUUGCAAUCAGCCGUCAGUGAUAGUCCAGCGCAUGAGCCCUCUUUCACCAACAAGGCAGGAGCAGAGCACGGUACGGUCACUACUAGGCUUACAUCGGCAUCGUCGGGAUUGUCUCAAAGAGGGCAGCAACAGCACAAUGGCGAUAGUUCUGGAAAUGCUAGAACACGGCCAUCAUCAGCCGCUGGUUCAAAGACAUCAUUGUCUGGUACUGUUUCUUCUGGCGAACACUACAAUCGUGUGGCGAGCACAACGGAAUCCGUCGGCGCAACUGAUACUAGUCUACUCCAUUUGCGAAGACCACCACGAUCUGCAGCUGGAACGUCUUCUACGGGUGUCAACGCCGAGGAAAACAAGGAAAACGAUAAGGAAAAUGAUAGCCGUACGGCACAGGCUACGCAAGCCGUUAUUCAGCGGCGUAGACGACAGAAACGUCGCUCGACCGGUGUUGUCCCGGUUGGUAUGGAGGAUCUCGACCCAGACAGACAGGACUCUCCGGUAGAUGGUGACGAAAAAGAGACAGGUUCGGAACGCGGUCGUUCACGCGUUGGUUCGACAGCCUCAGAAGCGGACACCGCCAGUGGUAGCAAGCCGCAACAGAACUCGUCCCGGGAAAAUGGUGGUGAUUUUAUCGACUACAAAGCUCUCUACGAACAGGAAAAAGCCGAGAAGGACAAACUUAAAAUGUCCCUUCGUAAGAAGGAUGAAGAGGUGGUAACGCUUAAAGCAGCCCUCGAUCGAUUUACUACAGCGACCACCAAAAACAAUUCGCUAUCCGAGUUGGAGAAACGAGAACGACGCGCCAUGGAGCGAAAAAUGUCAGAAAUGGAAGAAGAAUUGAAGUUACUGCAGAAGUAUAAAACCGAAAAUGAUCGCCUGCGAGCCGAGAACCGGGCACUAACUCGUGUCGUGUCUAAAUUGACAACAUCGGCACAAAAUCAAAUGCAAAGCAAAUGAGCGAUAAUGAGCAACCACGUAUGUUUUGCAAAGUAUCGGAUCGCAUCCGAGAAUAUUUGCUCUCAGGAUUUUUGUGAAGACCGCCGGAGAGAGCUAAGUUUUUUUUUUUCCAAAACGUCGUAGUGCAGCCAUCUAUAGGCAUCAAUCUAAUAUGUUGGUGGUUAAUCAGUAACUAUUGUGGGUAACAUAUGUUAUCACCUCGUUUAGUGCUUAACCCAAAUGAUCGAAUCUUGUACUCGAUGAGUAAGAUUGAUAUUCAUCGUGAAAUGACAUGAAUAGAAAAAUGUAGCCAACAUACUGCACGUGUUAGUGUAACCACCACGUUACCGCGUUUAACCGAUGCGUUGUAGCUGCAACACAUGUUGAACGCGCUUGUUGUACUUUGUAGCAGGAAAUUGAUAUAAAUAUAUAACUGAAAGAAAGUUGCUUUCUUUCUUAGUCUUCCAAAAUUAAGUCAUGUGGGGCGAUGCUUCUCCUUUGUGGUUUCUGUACACUGUUCGUUACCUUCGAUACUUCGCCGAUUACCGUAUUUUAGGUAGGAACUAAGAGUUGUGUUCAACUGGUUCUGUCCAUCUUCAACCAACACUACCACCAUCAAUGUCCAGCUCGCCACCACAACCAAAAACAGCUAUCCAUCAUCACCAAUAACCACCAAGUGCCUUCGGAACUGCAAUUUGUCCUAUCGACACCACCACCUGUUGACAGCAAACAAAACCAAAAGGCAAACUAAAAAUGAGCAGUGCAACAAGUUCGAUUUUCACAUCGCCAAGUCCGCACUCUUUUCGCAAUUGGAAGCCCUUAAAACGGAAAAUCAGCGUCUCAAGGACGAAAACGGCGCUCUGAUUCGAGUGAUCAGCAAAUUGAGCCGAUAAUAAUCGCCUAGGCAAAGGACCAGUACUUUUGUCGCAUCCUCCAACAUUAUUCCAGUGUGAGAGUAACUUGAGCAGUACCAUCAGCGUAUUCGAAGUUCUUCUUUCAAAUUGCUAGUGGUUUUGAUAUCAUUAUCAUCAUCAGUUAACGGUACUGAAGACAAGCGAACGAUGCCACAGAAAGCCACCAAGGAUCUGGUACAGUGCCGCAUGCAGAUCUUUUCUACAACUUCAUUGAACGGUUUGCGUAGAAAUACAUUGCUGUGAGGCUGCUGAUCACACACUCUUGGCCGGUAGUGUACGGAAAACAUGUAACGUUCUUCCGUGAUUCGUUAUAACCAGACGUCAUCACAUAUACGGUGCGUUCGAGUGGCCGACCAGACGAAAAAUAUUUAUGUCCUCCAAACGCUGUAAUUUUUGCCUUAGGUAAUGUUUAGCUUAUAAGUGAGGCUAGGGCUAGGCUAAAAUAUAUGAAGAACAGAUUUCAUGCCUUGUAACAACAACGUAAGCCGCACCGAGACUUAGACAAUGAUGUUUCGUAUCGUCAAGAGUCACUGGAGUUCACAAAGAAAGGGAGAAUGCGGUCCAAACACAAUCGAACAAAACAGAUCCCAGCUUGUUGACAAAAACGUAUUCAUAUGUGUGUAUCGCUAUUGUGUGUUUCACCAUCCUAGGUCAGCAUAUUCAUAUUUUUGGGCAUUUUAUUAAUCAUUCAUUGUCGUAAAUAAAAAUCCACCAAAAAGAUUGGUAAUUUUCUUUUAUUAUGUUGUUAAUGUUAUUUCUUGAUUUAAAAAAUGAAAUUUCAUCUGAAAAGUUUACGUGGGCACAGCUCAUUUAAGCAGUCAGCUAUAGCUGACUAAAGAUUCGAGUUUUUUCUAUUAAAGGCAACCUUUAGAGGCAUAUCUUAUCGAAUGUGGUAGGAAUUUAAUCACGUCACAAUAAUAUAUCCGCUGGGAAUUGCGAAAUCACAGGAAUGGCAUUAGAUAAGUAAAACAUCUGGACGCAGUGUGUGCGCACACACUGUAACCAAGCACGUAUUAGUUUGUUUCUUCGUAAUUAAACUAAAACAAUGCUGCAUUAGAAUUUGCUAAUCGCUCUUGCUGAUCCUGUUUUGAACCGAUCAAGAAUUGGUUAGAGAAAUUCAGAAAGCUCACAGAAAACAAAGCAAUAUUCCAGAAUGUUUCCGGGUUUUUUGUCUACUUUUGUUAUUAUUGUUAAUGUUUGUUUGUAUAAAAAGAAAAAAAAAUGAAGUUUAUAUAAUUGGUGAGUGUAAUGAAAAACAAACCAGAUAUUGCAGGUUAGAAACAGUUGACAGAAACCCAACUUUAGUGGUAGAUAGACAUAAUCGAACAUCGCAAGAACACAGAGAAACACAGAAAAAGAGCCAACAAGACGGAGUUCAACCGAAUGAGUGUUAAUACAAUCAAAAAAAACAAUGCAGGCAAUUGAAAGGAUUAUAUUUAUAGAACGAUAAUUGCAUCACGAGUAUGUGAAAAUGGCUAUAGUUCAUCAUGGACAAACGAGAAAGAGACAUAUGAUCGGAAAUUCAGCACAUCAAUUCAGCGACCACCAACGCAGUCAUCUUAACCGGUAACAAAAGGCCAAAAGGAUUAGUGAAGCCAUUGCGAAAGUUAAAGCAUAAACAUAGAAAACACAUAUUCACUAAUUAAAAAGAAUGUAAAAUCAAACAAACAUAUACCUACGAUACAAAAAGCAAACAUGCACAUGAAAUCCGACUUGAAACAGGCAAACUUUGAAGAAACAAGAAAUUGUGAUUGAUUAAGGAGCUGGAUGGAA